AUGUGGUCUGACAGCAAGGUGGCCAUGCUGGCGCUCUUCAUCAACAACUACAAAGCCUGGCGGUUGCUGGUUGCCGAACAAAGCGGCGACCUUACCAUCGUCGAGGACGCCCGUGGCAACAUCCAGGUUCGUGGGCUGUCGACCCCCGUCGGUGGCACCGAGGAAGAGGCCUUGCACAUCUUCUUCCAGGGCGACACGAAUCGCCACGUUGCGGAGCAUGCUCUGAAUAAAGGGUCCACCCGCUCCCACGUCGUGUUUACCAUCUACGUGGAGAGCCGAUCGCGGGUGGAGUCCAGUGAGAAGGUGAUCUUCUCCAAGCUGCACCUGGUGGACCUGGCAGGUAGCGAACGAGUCAAGAAGACCGGCUCGGACGGUGUGAUGCUGAAGGAGGCCACCUUCAUCAACAAGUCCCUGACAUUCCUGGAGCAGGUUGUCGUGGCGCUCGGCAACAAGCAUCGAGAUCACAUUCCGUACCGACAGUCGAAGCUGACUCACAUGCUUAAGGACUCGUUAGGAGGCAACUGCAAGACCGUGAUGGUUGCCAACAUCUGGCCCGAGGCCAAGAUGCUUGAGGAAACGGCCAGCACGCUCCGCUUCGCGACCCGCAUGAUGAAGGUCUCGAACGAAGCCUCCGUAAACAUCCAUCUCGAUCCACAGCUGCUCAUCAGGAAGUAUGAGCGUCAGAUUAAAGACCUCAAGCAGGAGCUGGCUAUGCAUGACACCUUGGCCGGUAGAAGUCGGGUGCAGUACGAGGAGUACUCCCCAGACGAGCAGAAGGAGCUCGAAGCCAAGGUGCAGAUGUACCUCGAGGGGGAAGUGCAGGAGAUUGAGGUCACCAGUCUGCGCAUGGUCUACGAGUCCUUCACCUGCUUCCGGAAGCUCUACCAGGACCUGCGCACCGAGCUCCUCAACCGCCCCAUCCAAGCGGCGCCGGCCGCGGGCGGCGACGCCGAGGCGGCCGAGGGCGCUGGUGCUGCAGCGACCGGGGCCGAGCCCCAUGAAGGGGAGGUUGGCGAGGAUGUGGAGGGCAAGGGCAUUGCUGUCGGCGUGGCCCCCUCCAACUCACGGCCUCCACAGGAGGCUUCAUCACCCGGACUGCCAGGUGACGAGGACGAGGAGGGUACUGGAGCUGAGCCGCGAAGCCAAGUCAAGACCGGAGACCUCGAAAAGGCACCAGACAAGCAGGUGGUCUUCGCCGAGUGGAAGGCCCGGGAUGGCCAGGUUUUCGAAGAUGCCUUCGAGAAGAACAAACAGGAGCUCCGCGAGAAGAGGUCGGAGAUGAAAGAUGCCCUGGUUGUGGCCAACAGCAAGAAGCGGGAAAUCGACGAAGCCAAGGAGCGCUUGGCGCGAAAGCAAGCAGACAAGGGCAUGGACCCCGAAAGAGACGAGGACCACUGGUCUGUGUCCUACAGGGGCAAAGGAUCCUAA